GCCUCAUUGCCGGCCGGUUAUUUAUAAAGGGGCGGGGGUUGGGUGGGUGGGGGAGCGGCCUCAGGAACUGCAACUCCCAGAAUGCAGCGCGGAGCUUCCGGUUUCCGGCGAGAGGACCUGAGGAGAAAGAGAGAGCGCGAAAGAGAGAGGAUGUCUCUCUCAGAUUGGCACCUGGCGGUGAAGCUGGCUGACCAGCCACUUGCCCCCAAAUCUAUUCUUCGGUUGCCAGAGACAGAGCUCGGAGAAUACUCCCUGGGGGGAUAUAGUAUUUCAUUUCUGAAGCAGCUUAUUGCUGGCAAACUCCAGGAGUCUGUUCCAGACCCUGAGCUCAUUGAUCUGAUAUACUGUGGCCGGAAGCUAAAAGAUGAUCAGACCCUUGACUUUUAUGGCAUUCAACCUGGAUCCACAGUCCAUGUUCUGCGCAAGUCCUGGCCUGAGCCUGAUCAGAAACCGGAACCUGUGGAUAAGGUGGCUGCUCUGAGGGAGUUCCGAGUGCUGCACACGGCCCUGCACGGCAGCUCCUCCUACAGGGAGGCGGUCUUUAAGAUGCUCAGCAAUAAGGAAUCUCUGGAUCAGAUCAUUGUGGCCACCCCAGGCCUCAGCAGUGACCCCAUUGCUCUUGGGGUUCUCCAGGACAAGGACCUCUUCUCUGUCUUUGCUGAUCCCAACAUGCUUGAUACGUUGGUGCCUGCUCACCCUGCCCUAGUCAACGCCAUUGUCCUGGUCCUGCACUCGGUAGCAGGCAGCACCCCACUGCCGGGGGCCGACUCCUCUUCCCGGGGCAUGCCCUCCAGCUCCUACCGGGACAUGCCAGGUGGCUUCCUGUUUGACGGGCUCUCUGAUGAUGAGGACGACUUUCACCCAAGUGCCAGGUCCACGCCCUCAAGCAGCACCCCCAGCUCUCGCCCAGCUUCCCUGGGGUACAGUGGAGCUGCCGGGCCCCGGCCCAUCACCCAGAGCGAGCUGGCCACCGCCUUGGCCCUGGCCAGCACUCCGGAGAGCAGCUCUCACACGCCGACUCCUGGUACCCAGGGCCACUCCUCAGGGACCUCCCCAAUGUCCUCCAGCGUCCAGUCAGGGACGCCCAUCACCAACGAUCUCUUCAGCCAAGCCCUGCAGCACGCCCUGCAGGCCUCCGGGCAGCCCAGCCUUCAGAGCCAGUGGCAGCCCCAGCUGCAGCAGCUGAGGGACAUGGGCAUCCAGGACGAUGAGCUGAGCCUGCGGGCCCUGCAGGCCACCGGGGGGGACAUCCAGGCGGCCCUGGAGCUCAUCUUUGCUGGAGGAGCCCCGUGAACUCCCUGCUCCUCCUGAACCCCCAGCAAACUGCUAAGGCGCUGCCCAUGAGAAGCACUCUUGAAGGUGCCCCAUCUCUACUCUCCCCAAUACACCUGAUGGUCGACCUUC